GGUUUGGCAGAUAUUGACCUUCCCACUGAGCUUCUGAAUGAGGAAGAGGAAAACACAAUGGCCUUCUGUCUGAUCCGUUCUCCCAUGAAUUUUGAGGAUUUCGGUGUCCUAGAUGGACGACUCUAUGGGAUUAGCGUCUGUGAUAAGAACAUCUCAGGGUUGAACCAGCGCAUCAAUAUCACAGUGAAUUUAAACAUCUCUGACGACACAAAGGAACCAUCUUGUGUAUUUUUGGACUUCUCAAACAAAAAUUUCAGCCAAGAAGGCUGCUCAACCGAGUGGAUAAAAGAGAAUGCAACAGUGGUCUGUUCUUGUAACCACCUGACUUACUUCGCUGUACUGAUGGUGUCUCCUAAUAUCACCAAGGACCAUGCUGUGAACCUCACCUACAUCUCUGUGAUUGGCUGUAGCAUCUCUCUCGCUUUCCUGCUUCUCACCGUCUUCCUGUUCCUCAUCCAGAGGUAG